UAUAUUGAAGCGUCCACAGACUGGUGUGACUGCAGUGUGCUCUCUUCAGCUCGCAGUUUCCUUCUCACAUCUACAUCCUGUCUGAAGAGAAUGGACCUCCAAGGCCUGAGAGAGGAUCUCCAUCUUUUUCAGAGCACCCUGUUACAGGACGGACUCAAAGAGCUUCUGAACGAGAAUAAGCUGAUCGAUUGUGUCCUAAUGGUUGGAGACAGGAGCAUCCCCAGCCACCGGCUCAUUCUGGCGGCAUGCAGCCCCUAUUUUCGGGAGCUCUUCUUCUCUGAAGACGGCAAGGAGGCGGACAGGAAGGAGGUUGUUUUGGAGAACCUCGAUCCCAAUGUCAUGGAGGGGAUCGUGAAUUAUCUGUACUCGGCUGAGAUCGACAUCAACGACAGCAACGUUCAGGAGAUCCUGGCCGUCGCAAAUCGCUUCCAGAUCCCGUCGGUGUUCACGGUUUGUGUGAACUACCUACAGAAGAGUCUCACCAAGAAGAGCUGCCUCGCCAUCUACAGGCUGGGACUGAUGCUGAACUGUGCCAGGCUGGCCAUGGCCGCCAGAGAUUACGUCGCCGACCACUUUGAGACCAUAGUCAAAGACGACGAUUUCUUGGAGCUCGCCUCGCCUGAGCUCUUCGCCAUCAUCGGAGCCGAUGCGCUGAACGUUGAAAAAGAAGAGGCUGUGCUUGAGGCUCUCAUGAGGUGGAUCCGAAAGGAUAAAGAAAAGCGAGCAAAGUCCUUGGGCGAGGCCUUCGAGUACAUCCGCUUCCGGCUGCUUCCGGAGAAGUACUUCAAGGAAAAAGUGGAGAAAGAGGAGCUCAUUAAGGGCGAUCCGGAGCUCCUCAAAAAGAUCAAAGUAAUCAAGGAAGCAUUCGCAGGCAAGCUGCCCGAGAAGAAGAAAGGUUCAAGUGAUGCCGAGGGGGAGGAGGGGAUGCUGCCGGGUUACUUGAACGACAACCGCCGAUACGGCAUGUACGCCAAAGACCUGAUCGUCAUGAUUAACGACACCGCUGCCGUGGCCUACGACGGCCAAGAGAACGAGUGCUUUCUUGCAGCGAUGUCUGAGCGAAUUCCCCGAAACCACGUCAGCCUCACAUCGAAGAAGAACCACCUGUAUGUGCUGGGAGGACUGUUUGUAGAUGAGGAGGAUAAAGAAAAUCCUCUGCAGUGUUACUUCUACCAGCUGGACAGCCUUGCUGCUGAAUGGCUUGCCCUGCCACCGAUGCCUUCCCCCAGGUGUCUCUUCGCCAUGGGCGAGUUUGAGAACCUAAUCUUUGCUGUGGCGGGAAAAGAUUUACAGUCCAACGAGUCUCACGACACCGUUUUGUGCUACGACACCGAAAAAAUGAAGUGGACGGAAACAAAGAAGCUGCCUGUGAAGAUCCACGGCCACUGCGUGGUCUCUGAGAACGGCCUGGUGUACUGCCUGGGAGGAAAAACCGAUGACAAUAAAGCGACCAAUAAGAUGUUUGCAUACAACCACAAGAGGUCAGAGUGGAAGGAGCUUGUGCCAAUGAAGACUCCUCGAUCCAUGUUCGGAGCAGUUAUCCACAAGGGGAAAAUUAUCGUGGCUGGCGGAGUCAAUGAAGAUGGAUUGACGGCAUCAUGCGAAGCCUACGACUUUGGGACCAACAAGUGGUCGCCUUUCACCGAGUUUCCCCAGGAGAGGAGUUCGAUCAACCUGGUGAGCUGUGGAGGCCUGCUGUACGCGGUCGGAGGCUUCGCCGUGGUGCAGGACGAGAACAAGGAGUGCACGCCCACUGAAGUCAUUGACAUUUGGCAGUAUGAAGAUGACUCCAAACAGUGGACCGGCAUGAUCAAAGAGAUGCGUUACGCAGCCGGAGCCUCGUGUGCCUCCAUGCGCCUGAACGCAGCCAGAAUGCCUAAACUGUAACACGGGACCUUCACAGCGUUGUUGUGUGUUGCGUUUGUUUACGCACUCCAACCAGACAAUAGAUUUCAACAUUUUAAAAUUUGGA